UAGAAGUAAAGGCUAUAAAUGUUGUUUUUUGUUCUUUCAGAAAACGCAAUUACGUCUUUAAUUAAGCAUAAACUAUUAUAAAACAACAUUUUCGCAAUACAAAUACUUACAACAGUUAAAUAUGGAGAAAUUAAGAUUUGAUUUUUGUGUGAAAACAGCAGCCGAUGGAAAAUCUAACAUCAUUUGCAUUACCUCGAUAGGAACACCAGGUGGUCUAACUUUUGGUGUACCGGACGAAUAUCAACCUGCUAAUUUACACCAAGUCAUAACAAAUACAUCUUACUAUGCUAAGAUAAAAAAAACCUUGAAUAAAAGACAUCAAAAAAGGAAAAUUUGGAUAAGUUUGACUAAUGAAAUAUCAAGAGUAUAUUUAGACGAAGAACAAAAUAUGCAGUUUAAGGAUUUUUACCUCGAAGAGAUUGAUGAGAACACAAAUGACCCAAAACCAUUCAUUGAAAGCUCAAAUAAAACACUGGAAAAACUUUUAGAAACAUUACUCGAUGAUAAGCAAAAAAAAAACGAAACUCGAAAUUUAGGAAAAAUUGCAAAAGACUUUGUGCUUGAAAAAUUUACCGGCAAAAACUCAAAUGCUCAUCAAUGGAUUAAGGAAUUCAACAAAGAAUGUGAGCGUUUUCAUAUUGAUGAAGAUCAGAAAAAAAUCGAAAUUUUAAAACAAUUUUUAGAGUAUCCAAGUGUAAACUGGUACAGCUGUAUGUUAAUGAAAUUUACAAUAGAAUCAGAGUGGAUGAAAUGGGAAAAGAACUUCUGUGAAACAUUCGGAAACAAAGGUUGGUCGCCGAUCAGAUAUGCUCUGGGAUUUAAAUAUCAGACAGGCUCAUUGCUUGAGUAUGCACUAAAAAAAGAAAAAUUGUUAUUAGAAGUUAGGAAGACGAUUGAUACAGGUACUCUUAUAGACCUCAUUUCCGUAGGCCUGCCUAAUUAUCUGAGUGACAAAAUUGACAGAGAGACAUUGCAUCAAACUGAAGAUCUCUACAAUGAGAUAGGCAAAUUAGAACAUCUGGUAGGGAGGAACAAAAAUGAAAAAAAGAACCACUUGUACACUGACAUAAAAACAAAAAGAAAUGAAGAAAAAAAACCGUGCCCAAUUUGUGUCAAUGAGAAAAAAGGAAAACGAUUUCAUCCUGAGGAAAACUGCUGGUUUAAUGCGAAGAAUCAAAAAUAUGCCGUGAAAAGUGUGAAUAAUUCUGAAUUAGAAGUUGAACUUAAUGAAGAGAAUCCAAAAAACUAGAAGUAUCA